AUGGCCGUUAAGAAACUAUUGCUACUGUUACUCGCUAGUACUUUCAUUCAGGCAGAGAAACCUUCGAUCACCACUCAUCCACAAGGAGAUAUCUUAAGAGAAGGAGAUAACGUGACGUUAUCUUGUAACGCCACUGGAAAUCCAGUACUAACAAUAUCAUGGACCAGAGAUGGAUCUCCUGUAGAUACGAGUAACAACAUUUCCAGGAUCAGUAUUUCAGCAGACAAAAAGCAGUUGACAAUAACGAAUGUGAACAGGGCAGACAGCGGAGAAUACCAAUGUGUGGCAGAAAACAGGGUUGGAAGUGAUACCUCAGAUGCUGCCACGUUGGAUGUGCAGUAUCCCCCUGAGAUUACUGUUCAUCCAGACUCUCAAACAAAAACGGAAGGAGAAAACGUGAUCCUAUCUUGUGACGCUGUCGGAAAUCCAGCACCAACAAUAUCAUGGACCAGAGAUGGAUCUGCUGUAGAUACAAGCGGGAAGAUCAGUAUUUCAGCAGAUAAAAAGCAGUUGACAAUAACGAAUGUGAACAGGGCAGACAGCGGAGAAUACCGAUGCAUGGCGAAUAACAGCCUUGGAAAUGAGACUUCCAAUGUUACUACACUGGAUGUACAGUUUGAACCUGAUCAUGAAUUCAUCAGCAAUCCAGAGAAUUCAACAGUGAUACAGGGACAAAAUAUUACUUUGCAAUGCGAAGCUUAUGGCACUCCUGCACCAGAUGUGAGAUGGACAAAAGAUGGAGAAGCAGUAAAUAUAGCAGAUCAGAGGAUAAGAGUUUCUUUUACGGGAAAUACUUCAAGUUUGACAAUUUUCAGUGUUGUCCAAGCAGAUCAAGGACUGUACAGUUGUGUGGCAAAUAACAGUAUAAAUACUGUUACUUCCUAUCCAGCAACACUGACAGUACAUUUUGUGCCAGAAGUGAGGAUUACUGUUGCUAAAGAACAGUUUGUUAUUAAAGGAAGACAGAUACUGCUGACAUGUCAGUAUAACGCUUUGCCACUAGUGUCUGAAGUGCAGUGGAAAAAAAAUGGAACAGUAAUAGCAAGAAAUACUGUUGUGGAGAUUAAUAACUCACGAAUGGAUAUUCCAUUUUUCAAUGAAAGCCAGAUACAGCUGUCAAUUAAUGCAACUACACCACAAGAUGCUGGAAACUAUACCUGUCUCGUCAUUAAUGAUGUUGGUAAUUCAUCAAAUACAACAUCAGUUGUUAUUCAAGUGGAACCAAACCCACCAUUGAAUGUGUCAGUUGACUCCAAGAGCUCACGAGUAGUGAAUAUUUCCUGGAUUACUGGUUUUGAUGGGAACGGUGCAAUUCAGAACUACACAGUGAAGAGAAGUCUAGAUAAUGUAGACUUUGUUGAUGCUGUCUGUCAAGGAUCCCUGUCAGAUAGUUCCUGUGUGGUGUCCAGUGCAAGUGCUUCUGUUGGAAACCUCUCACCUUGGACAUUAUAUUACUUUAAAGUGUUUGCAAGAAACAUGGUUGGCACUAGUGAUGGGAGCCCUGUAGUGAAUGCUACCACAGAUGAAGAAGAGCCUGGUGCUGCACCUGAAAAUGUGACAGGACAGAACAGCAGUUCAACCAGCAUCUUAGUCAUGUGGGAUGAAGUUCCAGCUGAUCAACAGAAUGGUAUCAUUACGGGUUACACCAUUACUUACAAGUCACAAACAGAAAAUGACAAUGGAAAUGUUCAAGUAAAUGCCUCUGUUCGUCAGACAGAAUUGACAAAUCUAAAGGAGUAUGUGAACUACAAUAUCACAGUGUUUGCAUCUACUGUGAAAGGAGAUGGACCAGCCAGUGAUCCAAUUGUUGUUAGAACAGACCAAGAUAAACCUGUCGGUCCUCCACAAAAUGUACAAGGACAGAACAGCAGCUCAACCAGCAUCUUAGUCAUGUGGAAUGAAGUUCCAGCUGAUCAACAGAAUGGUAUCAUCACAGGUUACACCCUGAUUACUUACCACUCACAAACAGAGAAUGAAAAUGAAACUGUUCAAGUAAAUGACUCUGUUCAUCAAACGGAAUUGACCAAUCUAAAGGAAUAUGUCAACUACCAUAUCACAGUGUUUGCAUCUACUAUGAAAGGACAUGGACCAGCCAGUGACCCCAUUGUUGUUAGAACAGACCAGGAUAAACCUGAUGGUGCUCCACAAAAUGUGCGAGGACUGAGCAGCAGCUCAACCAGCAUCUUAGUCAUGUGGGAUGAAGUUCCAUCUGCGCAACAGAAUGGUGUCAUCACGGUCUACACCAUUACUUAUCACUCACAAACAGAAAAUGACAACGGAAGUGUUCGAGUAAAUGGUUCUGUUCAUCAAAUGGAAUUGAAGAGUCUAAAAGAGUACGUCAAUUACAAUGUCACACUGUUUGCAUCUACUGUGAAAGGAGAUGGACCAGCCAGUGACCCCAUUGUUGUAAGAACAGAUCAGGAUAAACCUAAUGGUGCUCCACAAAACGUGAGAGGACAGAACAGCAGUUCAACAAGAAUCUCAGUCAUGUGGGAUGAAGUUCCAGCUGAUCAACAGAAUGGUAACAUCACGAUUUACACCAUUACUUACCAGUCACAAACAGAAAAUGACACUGGUAAUCUUCAAGUAAAUGGAUCUGUUCAUCAAAUGGAAUUGACGAAUCUAAAGGAGUACGUAAACUACAAUAUCACAGUGUUUGCGUCUACAGUCAAAGGAGAUGGACCAUCCAGUGACCCCAUUGUUGUUAGGACAGAUCAGGAUAAACCUGACGGUGCUCCACAAAAUAUGCGAGGACUGAACACCAGCUCGAACAGCAUUUUAGUCAUGUGGGAUAAAGUUCCAGGGUUCAGAAUGAACCCUAGAGAGCAUGAAUUGAAGCAACGGCCGUCUUCGUGGAAAAUUCCUCGCUUAAUGAAAGCGAAAGAAAUUUGAUGGCUAUUGGAGCGUUUUGGGACCGGGCCAGUCCGCGAAGUUUACAAAAGAUCAAUUUACGAGCGAUCCUUUACGAGUGAACCUUCUAUCGAGAAAUAUCAAGCGAAACCAACUAUAUCAAACGAGCUAUCUCAUAUUAUGUUUACAUAUAAACACAACCGUGUAUUUAGACGUGA